GUGCGUGUAUGUGUAUGCAUGAAUUGUGUGCGUGCUCAGGCUGCUGGUUCACAGUUUACAGUCACAAUGAAUGGCUGCCUGAAGCGAGGCGGAGGGAGACACUAGACUGCUUAUUCUGCGCUGACCCUCCAUUGAAACACUUCCCAGCGGAAUACAGCCAAGGGACCCUGUGGUGCUGGGCAGAGCGUUAUGGCUCAGACGCUGCAGAUGGCGAUCCCUAACUUUGGCAACAACAUCCUGGAGUGUCUGAACGAACAGCGGCUGCAAGGCCUCUACUGUGAUGUCUCCGUGGUCGUCAAGGGACACGCCUUCAAGGCCCACCGCGCGGUCCUGGCGGCCAGCAGCUCGUACUUCCGGGAUCUUUUCAACGCCGGGGGGAAGAGCUCGGUGGUGGAGCUGCCCCCGGCGGUGCAGCCGCAGAGCUUCCAGCAGAUCCUGGCCUUCUGCUACACAGGACGCCUCAGCAUGAACGUUGGAGACCAGUUCCUGCUCAUGUACACCGCCGGCUUCCUCCAGAUCCAACAGAUCAUGGAGAAAGGCACCGAGUUUUUCCUCAAGGUCUCCUCUCCGAGCUGUGACUCCCAGGGUCUCCACACCGAGGAGACCCCACCCUCUGAGCCUCAGAGCCCCGUCACUCAAACAAUGGGGGGUGGCGGAGUCGGCGUGGUCGCCCCGGCCGCGGGGAGGCCCGCCUCUUGUCUGACGCCCCUCCCCCUGGUGUCCAAGGUGAAGACGGAACAGAUGGCCUCCACACCUCAGCCCACCCCACAGCCGCAGCAGGAGGGCUCUCCCUACUCGGUGGUCUGCACCCCCGUGGCCAAGCGGCUGUGGGAGGGGGGCAACCGUGACAGCGGAGGGGGGUCUGGAGGGGGCGGAGGAGUGGCGGCGGCGGCAUUGCCACUUCCAUGGGAGGAGCCGGACUCAACAGUAACCAACAACAACAACAACAACAACGGCGGGACCCCCGAAGGCACAAGCCCGGGCACACUGAGCAUGUACACCAGCGACUCGCCGAUCAGUUACCACGACGACGAGGAAGAGGACGACGUAGCGGAUGAGAGCGCUGAAGAGCAGUACAGACAGAUCUGCAACAUGUACACCAUGUACAGCAUGCUGAACGCCGGAGCAGCAGUGGUCGGGGAGCGGGUUGAGGCCCUUCCCGACUUGGCCCCGGACUCAGGCGGCGGGCGCGGGGGCCGAGGGGCGCGGUCCCGGCAGGACCUGGCGUCGCUGCCCGCCGAGCUCAUCAGCCAGAUCGGGAACCGCUGCCACCCGAAGAUGUACGAGGAGGGCGACCCGGCCGAGAAGCUGGAGCUGGUGAGCGGGACCUCCGUGUUCAUCUCCCGCGCCCAGCUCAUGAACUGCCACGUCAGCGCCGGCACCCGCCACAAAGUGCUGCUCAGACGCCUGCUGGCCGCAUUCUUCGACAGGAGCACUCUUGCUAACAGCUGUGGAACUGGCAUCCGCUCUUCAACCAACGACCCGAGUCGUAAACCCCUGGACAACAGAGUGCUGCACGCUGUCAAAUUCUACUGCCAGAACUUUGCGCCGAGCUUCAAGGAGAGCGAGAUGAACGCCAUCGCGGCCGACAUGUGCACCAACGCCCGCCGCGUCGUCCGCAAGAGCUGGAUCCCCAAGCUCAAACUGCUGAUGGCUGACAGCGACGCCUACUCCGCCUUCCUGGCCGACAGUGUAAAGAUGGAGGCCGACGCGCUGGGGGCGGAGCAGGGCUUUGACCCCGCCUCCCUGGAAGUGGUGGCAGCAGCGGCGGCGGCCGCCGCCAACCAUAAUGAAGCGGGAGGCGGAGCCACGCAAGCAGACGCCCUCCAUGGGGCGGGAGGAGACGGCAGCACUUUGUUUUGAGUGAGUGAACGGACAGAUAGAUGAGUGGACAGAUUGAUUGGAGGGAGGGAUGGCAUUUCUCUGGGGGGGCGAUGAGUAGAGAACGGUGGCCAACUGUGGUCCUGAUGACAGUUGUCACUCCUCCCCUAGCUGCCAUGUGUUUUGGGGAUCUAUUUUUUUCUUUUACACCUCUGUCGGUUAGUUUGUUCAGCUCUCCCUCCUUUUCGUUUGUCCACAUUUCUGUCUCUCUCGACAGCCCAGAAUGCCUCACCUUGGGUUGUUCCUCCUUCCUUUUUCUGUUGGAGAGAGGUGGAAAGACAGAAAGUAAGGUAGCAGAGAGAAGAGACGAGG